CUUUAUUGUUCACACUUUUAGUGUUGAGCUGAAAAAAUGAUGGUCCCCAUCCCCAAGAACCCAUUAUCAUAGUUACCAACUCUUUGAAGCAGCAAGCAACAUGCUCAAAAUGGUCCUCUCGAAGAAUUGCCUCGAGCCUCCCCCAAUCCUCACUAAUGUGAAGAAGUCUGUAUGUGAUUAGGAUUUGUCAAAAAUCAGAGAGGCCUAAGGCUUUUCUGCUUAUCAGUCUUCCGACUGCGUCGACAACCGCAUGAGCAAGUGUGAUAGAUAGGUGCCCUUUUCUGAAAAGGUCGAUAAGAAAGAUGUCUACGCCUUCGAGCUCGUCCUCAUCGAGCUUGCUCCGUGCAGAUGGACUCCCCGCGCGGAUGUGUUACUCGGCAGUUGCCGGGAUGGGUGCAGCAUGUUUCUGCCACCCCUUCGAUGUGCUGCGCGUCCAGAUGCAGGUCGGCACCGAGCGAGCGAGCAUUGCUGCCACAGUCGGUCGCAUAGUCAAGACGAACGGUGUCGCAGGACUCUAUAAUGGCCUAUCGGCAGCCUUUUUGCGUCAAUGGAUGUACGGCAGCGGCCGCAUGGGCAUAUAUUCCUACCUGCUAUCGGACUAUCGAAAUCGCAACGGAGCUCAGCAGCCUUCGUUUUUGCAUAAGAUCGCUUUUGGUGCAACAAGCGGGGGCGUUGGUGCAUUCAUAGGGACACCCAGCGAAGUUGCAAUCGUGCGCAUGGCAGCCGAUGGGCAAUUACCUGAGGCUCAGCGUCGCAACUACAAACACAUUUUCGAUUGUCUCCGACAGAUAGCCGAGAAGGAAGGCCUCGGGAGUAAUGGUUUGUACAAAGGUGCAAACAUCACGGUGAUUCGAGCAAUGGUCCUCGCAUCAACACAACUCGCAACCUAUUCGGAAGCUAAGGUAUUCAAAACAUACGAAAGACUCUGCUGCUUGUGCUAGCAUCGAUGCACCUUUCGCGUCGUAGUCAAUGGACUCAGUUUAAACUGCGCUAGAAAAUACCUGCGAUGUUGACUUGUUUUCGCCCGCUUUCGUUGUAACAAUAUCAUAUCUACAACAAUUUGCUGAUUUCAGGCGCAGCUCCAGACGUGGAAGCCGGAGAUUUUCACCGAGAGCGGCAUGGCAACGCUGGUCGUUUGCUCGCUGGCCGGAUCGUUGGUGAGUAACUCAGCUAGUAUGCCCUUCGAUGUGGUGAAGAGUCGCAUUCAGAACCUGCCGACCCCGAAACCAGGAGAGGCGCCACUGUACACGGGUAUGAUAGACUGCUGCGCGAAGAGCGUCGCUGCGGACGGGCCACUUGUUUUGUGGCGGGGAUUUCUUCCAGCAUUCGUGAAACUCGCGCCAUACACGAUUAUCAGCUUGAGUCUACUGGAACGAAUUACGAUGUUUGCGACGGGGAAAGCGGCACUCUGA